AUGAGACAGACCAUGUCUAUGGCAGCCGUUAUACCCAACUGCUUCUCCCUCUGUCUUGCUCUUUUCAACUCUCAUAAACUCACAACCCUUGUCUCCACACCCUGGAAAAGAACCUGCACUACCCAUGUCAUUUGCCAUGCUAAAAAGGAGGAAAAGUUGGUGGUUGUUGGAGGUGGAGCAGCAGGGGUGUAUGGAGCAAUUCAUGCCAAGACUAUUGCUCGUCAUCUAAAUGUGAUCAUUGUUGAGAAGGGAAAGCCUCUUUCCAAGGUCAAAAUUUCGGGAGGAGGCCGGUGCAACGUGACAAAUGGGCAUUGUGCUGACAAUUUGAUUUUGGCAGAAAACUAUCCAAGAGGUCACAAAGAACUGAGAGGAUCUUUUUUUAAUGUGCACGGUCCUGAGGAUACCAUGUCUUGGUUUUCCUCUCAUGGGGUGGAGCUGAAGAUUGAGGAUGAUGGUAGAGCGUUUCCUGUUAGCAACAGCUCUUCUUCAGUAAUUGAUUGUCUCAUGUCUGAAGUAAAUCAAAGGGGAGUUUCUAUGCAGACCAAAAAAAAUGUAACUGCGGUGUCUGUUUUACCUGGUGGAAAAUUCCUUCUCGAGAUUAAGCAACUACCAGCUGGUUCGAUUGAACAUGUUGAAGUUGAUUAUCUAUUGAUUGCUUCUGGAAGUAACCGACAGGGUUAUGAACUUGCAUCUCAGCUUGGCCAUUCAAUCGUAGAGCCAAUGCCGAGCUUGUUUACAUUCAAAAUUGAAGACUUGCGUUUGAGGGAGUUGUCUGGGGUUACAUUUCCUAAAGUUAAAGUGCGACUAAAAUUGGACAGUCUCCAAAAAAAUAUACCUCAACUUACACAGGUCGGUCCGAUGUUAGUUACUCACUGGGGACUCAGUGGACCGGCUAUUCUUCGUUUGUCUGCUUGGGGUGCUCGCUUUCUGUUUAGUUCAGGUUACAAAGGGAGACUUGUUGUAGAUUUUAUACCUGAUGUGCAUGUCGAGAGUUUGAAGACAAGUCUUUCCCGUCACAAACUUCAAUUUGCGAAACAAAAAGUGAUCAAUUCGUGUCCUCUUGAAUUUGGCAUAACAAAAAGAUUCUGGAGCUACGUAUUGGAACGACAGGGUUUAAGUGGCGAUAUCUUAUGGGCUUCGAUUUCAAAUAACUCGUUGAUGUCUAUCGGAUCUUUGUUAAAGGAAUGCGCAUUUGAAAUUACAGGCAAAGGUCCAUUUAAAGAUGAAUUUGUUACUGCUGGAGGUGUUCCAUUAUCUGAGAUUUCACUGAAUACAAUGAAAAGUAAAAUUUGUUCAAAUCUGUUCUUUGCUGGAGAGAUACUGAAUGUUGAUGGGGUCACUGGUGGGUUCAAUUUCCAGAAUGCUUGGUCGGGAGGAUUUAUUGCAGGAACCACUAUCGGUGGAUUGGCACUUCAAAGUCAAAGUUGA